UCCGUGAAUCCGAAGGAUAAAAAGUAUCGGCACGCACUACCGAGGAAAAAAAGGCAAAGCAGUAGAAAAAAAACGAAAAGAAACAUCGUUAGAGUUGAGAAUAACGGAACGCAAUCAUGGAGAGUAAUCCGCCACCGUUGCACUUUCGGCGCAUCUGUCGAUUCUGCUUAUCGGAUUCGGAACCUCUGAACUCCAUCUACGAGCGCAACCACAAGUCAGUCCAGCUACCGCUUCAGUUGCAGAUUAUGUCCUGCGUUGCUAUCGAGGUCUAUACCGAAGAUGAGAUGCCGCAAGUGAUCUGUAACACGUGCCGCUGGAAUUUGGAUCACUUUUAUAAAUUCAAGUUGCAAUGCAAGAAGGCCGACGAGGCAUUAAGAGAUUGCCUUCUGUCUGGAAAAUUGCCGAAACCCUUCCCGCCCAUCCGUAUCAAUCCAUUGACGGAGAACGACAAGAAGAGACCAGCCGAAUCUAGAUCGCAGAACGAAAUUUUGAAAAAGCAACGCAUCUCUAAUGAUGAUAGCAGAAAUAUAAGAGAGAGACGAGAGACCAGAAGAAGGGAGAAAGGGAGGGAAAGAGAAUCACAAAAUGAAAAUCAGAAUAUCAGCGAACAGCAUCUUUACGAGAAAACAGAGAACGAGCAGAACAGAGACAGUGAGAGUAAUCAGGAAGCGAGUAACAUUAAAGAAAACGGAGAACACGAGCUAGCAGAGGUCAAAGUACACGCAUGCGAUCAAUGUGAACGUACGUUCGCAUUACGUCAGGCUCUGCUGCUGCAUGUUCAACGCAUUCAUGUUCGCGCUCGCAAUUACAAAUGCAACGAGUGCGAGAAAAACUUUUUCAACAAACACGAUCUGGUCAAGCACUUGAGUAUACAUUUGCAGGAGAAGCCGUAUUCGUGCUCGAUCUGCCAGAAGCAAUUCUCGCGGCUGACUUCGCUGCAACGUCACAAGAAAGUACACAAAGAUGAGCCGCACUACAUCUGUUCCCAUUGCGACGAUGAAUUUUUCACUACAGAGGAACUUGAAGAGCACAAGAAUUCGGCACACAAAAAAGAGAAGCCGUUCCAGUGUAACAUUUGCAAGAAGCGUUUCCUAUACAAACAGGGUCUGCAACGGCACGAGACGCUACAUAAUAAUAAGGAUGAAAAAUUCGUAUGUGAUUACUGUAAAGAGACUUUCCGUACUUGUACAAAGCUAGCCCGGCAUCUGAUUACCCAUGCUGGUCCUCGACCAUAUAUGUGUAAAUUGUGUCCUCGCACAUUUCUGUUAUCACAUCAUUUGACUAGACACAUGCGUAUGUCCCAUUCAAAGGAGAAGCGCCGUGUAUACAAGAACGGCAAGAAGAGCUUAAAGGUAAAUCAGUUGACGCACGCGAAACGUACAUACAUGGGCCUCACCUGCGAUAUCUGUCAAGAAUCUUGUCGUAAUCGCGCCGACUAUGUCAUUCACAUCAAGCAACACAUCGAAGCGGGUGAGAAAAUAGACCCAGACAGUUUACAGCCCAAUACUAAAAAAAAUCUUAAACUAAAGUCUAAUGAGAGGAAAGAAAAAGAAAAAGAUCAGCAUUCUAAUAGAAACGAUGAUGACGAAUCGCCAGGGUACGUUGUGAAGAAGUUACCAAAGCCGUCGAUGCUCUCGGAGAACGAGAAGAAAAAAGAGCAGACUAGAGAAGACAAGAAAGAGAAUUCCGAGAAACAAGAAAAGGAAGAACCCAAUGUGAUGUAUGUACGUAGCAGAAAUGGUAGCAUGGUCAAAAUCACGACAUUCCCACCCAUCGAUAUACACGAUAUUCAAGAGCAGAAAGCAAUAUUCAAGAGUACGAAGCAAACUAGUUCAAUCGAUUCUCCUUCUCAGAGCAGCUCGAAAGGCCUCACGUCAUCGCAAACCGAAGAGACUCCCAAAAGCGGCUAUGUGGAUGACACUGAGUUACAAGUGCAAAAGAUCGUCACCUCAGUAUCCAAAAAACAGAAAACUUUGUUGAAGGACCAACAGAACGGCCAAGAUCAGUCUAAGGAAUCUCUAACACCUGUGAUGAGAGUCCACAGCUCUUCUCAAGAAAAUAGUAAGGACAACGAUAAAUCAGAGACCUUAACAUCCACUCCGAACACUAUCACAGUUAAAAGGAUUAAAAGAAUUGUGGUGAGGAAACCGACAGGAGGAAGUAACAAAGAAACAUCAGCUAGUACAUCUAGUAUCAAGGAUGGAGAUUCUUCUCUGAGCGGUACUCUCGGUUCGCGUAAGAUCAAGCGAGUGAUUGUCAGUAGAAUUAUCCGAAAGAAUGAUGUUGUCCAUGAAGUUAUCAUGAAUCCAGAUGGAACCACGAUAGAUUCCACAGAACUGGCAAAACUAUCGACUGGCAAUGUAGUGAAGCGAGUAGUAAGGCAGCUACCGCUCGACAAAAAUCAGAAUAUGGUACAAGCGCUAUUGCAAUCCACGAAACAACGUCAGAAAACAGAAGAUACGAAUGAAAAGUUCGAGGUAACGACUUCAGCGUCAACCAGCAACGAUACACCAGAAAGUUCGGAUGCUUUGGAAAAGAAGCAAUUGAUCACUCUGGGUCAGAAUCAGGAAAUAAUUUAUGUAGAAGCUGAAGCAAUUGGAGAUGUAGCGGAAAUAGUAGAUAUUGAAAAUUAAGAAGCAGAAGAAAUAUAGCAGGAUGGCGAUUGACGAAAUAUUAUCAGAGCUACAUGACGAGUCUGAAGAUGAACAGCAGCUAUCAUUCAAGUGAGUAUUUGUGAAACGGAAAAAACAUAUACGAGUAGGAGCGGGAGUACAACGAUGACACAGAAGCGACAAAGAGAAAUUUGACUCAAGUAAGAAAAAAAGAGAGACGGAAUAAGUUGCCGUGAAAAAAAGAGGAAGAGAUAUUGGAAAAAAAUCCAAAGUACGACGAUAAGCAGCAGUAAUAUCACAUCAAGUGAUAUAUCUCCGAAAAAGAAAUCUCCGAUAAUCUCGAGCAACAAAUUAUUUAAACAAGUGUUACGUGAUUAUUAUUAUUAUAAGCCUAGCGAUAUAUCAAAAUUGAAGGAGGUGAAUCCAAAAUUGUAUAAAAUUUUCGAUACUAUCGACAACGUAGUGAAGAUACAAGCCUAGUUUACACCGAAGUAGUACUUGGUAGUACUACGCGUACUAAAUCACUUGAUAUUCUCAAUAUAAACGCUGGAGAAUUCUUCAGUGCGCUGUGGUCUGGUACUUCCGAAUCAUGAGAUCAAGUUGGUACGCGUAUCAAAUGGUAUCAAAAAAUCUUAAUGCUGCACUGUAAAUACUUACCUCGUAUUUAAACUCGCCAUUUUAAAUAAGAACCAAAUAUAUAGUUCGUUCAAUUUGAGAUGCAUAUUAACCGAGUUAACGGUAUAAAAGAGAUCACAGAAGUCGGUUCUGAACAAUCUCACGCAAAUUCCGGUAUCGCAGCGUCAUCAUACACGAAAUGAAAGACUGAUUCGGCGGUGGAGAUCGAUAUCGCCUAGGAAAUCAAUUAGAUCCAGAGAUGGAGAAGCCUUCGCAGGUCAUCGUCGUACAAGAGGAAAGUCAAUCUGACUCCAACACUAUCACUUAGACAAUCAGGAUCUCUCCGAGAUCACUUCGAUCUUUGAAGCAUCAGACGAUGCAUUGGAGAUGAAGAAAUUGACAGCAAUCUGAACGAAUUCGUCAUAUAAUUGCUA